UCCUCAGUCACGCAACGCGUUCCUCUUUCUCCGCCAUGGCUUCUCCGGACCAAACCCACUCCGUCGAAGAAGCCCUAGCGCAAGAUCCCGUUCCCUCCGAGGCCAUGGCCCCCGAGGAGGCGGCCGCGGUCAAGGACCUUGACUGCAGUGGCGGUUCCUCGAGUGCUCCCGAAGAAGAGGGGCCCGAGAAAACCCUAGUUCACGCGGACGAGCUGUUCGAGAAGGGGUCCAAGGCGAUAGAGGACGGGGACUUCGUGGAAGCCGUGGAUUGCCUCAGCCGCGCCUUGGAAAUCAAGGUUUCACAUUUUGGUGAACUUGCUCAAGAAUGUGCUAGCUCAUAUUAUAAGUAUGGUUGUGCACUACUGUAUAAGGCUCAAGAAGAAGCUGAACCAUUGGGUAACUUCCCUAAGGGCCCACCAACAAUUGUAGAAAAAGCCAAAACUUCUAGUUGCACAGAAGAGAGUGGAAGUUCAUCAAAGGCUUCUGUUGACAAUUCUAAAGAAACACCAGUUGGGAAAGAAGUACCUGAUGGAGAAGGUUUAGGUGAUGAGGAUUAUACAAAUGAUGAAGUUGAUGAUGAAAGUGGAGAUGAUGAUGAGGAUACGGCUGAAGCAGAUGAAGAUGAAUCUGAUUUGGAUCUUGCCUGGAAAAUGCUAGAUGUUGCAAGGGCAAUUGUUGAGAAGAGCUCUGGAAAUACCAUGGAGAAGGUGAAUAUCUUGGCUGCUCUAGCUGAAGUUUCCAUGGAAAGAGAGGACAUUGAGACUUCGUUAAAUGACUAUUUGAGAGCUCUAUCCAUAUUGGAACACCUGGUUGAGUUUGACAAUCGCCGGAUUGUUGAAUUAAACUUCAGGAUAAGUUUAGUCUUGGAAUUGGGAUCUAGAAUUAAAGAUGCCAUACCUUACUGUGAAAAGGCGAUAUCACUUUGCAAGUCUCGUUUACAAAGACUCAAGGAAAAUACAACAAGCUUGACAACUCCAGCUGAAGCUGUUGGGAAUUCUGUGUCUGGCUCAGAGAAAAGUGACAAUCUAACUGCUGAAGAUGCUAGGUCUUCAUCUAAUUUUGUGGAAGAGAUAGAACUAUUCAGUUCGAUAUUAAUUGAGCUUGAAAAGAAGCUGGAAGACCUGCAACAAAUAUUGAUGAAUCCAAGAUCUGUUGUGUCUGAAGUCAUGAAGUUGAUAGCUUCUAAGCAGCCUUAUGAUGAAAAGAAUGCACCAAGUGCAUCCAGAGCUUCAUCUUUGAAUUCUUUGCAGAUGGGAGCCACAAAUGGUGGUUUUGAUUCUCCAACUAUUUCUACUGCUGCAUCAAAUGGUGGUGUGAUGGACCUAGGCAUCGUGGGCAGAGGCAUAAAGCGAGCUACUAUAAAGCCAAUUGAUGCUGAACCUUCUCAAAAGAAACCCAUGUUGGAUAAGACCACAGAGAGCUGAUCGUGGCAGCAUUUCUGUUGCUCAAGAUGUGGGGCUCUUGGCUCCACUCCUUGAGAUGCCCAAGUUAAAGUAGUGCUGGUAUGCACUUCACUUUUUGCCCUUUAUAUUUCAAGCUGGUCAGUGCGUUGUUUGCAUUGGUGUAGUCUAAGCUAAUAGGAUAUUUGAUACCAUGAUCAGUAUAGAUGUCUAAUGGAACUGUUUGUGAUAUUUAAAUGUGUGCAAAAUUUCUAGUGUAGCUAAUCCUGCAUUGAGCUUUGCAAAAUAUUGGACUCAAAUCAAUUAGUGGUGUACUUUCUUUGGA